AUGGCUGCUUCUGUUAAUGCCGCCGCCCUACUGGCCUCGGCCGCUGUCCCGGCGUUCAAGUGUCCACUAGGUACGAAGAUGCACAUUCUAGACUUGGGCACCUUGGAAGUAGACGAAUCGUGGAUUCUACGAGGUGCCAAUUCCAGUGCAUUGAGCGACAAAAACCCCGUCAACAAGCGUCGUAAGCUGGUUCUGCUAUCUGCGCUGAUCGAGUUACCUGGAACUGGUCUUAUCCUUUUCGAAACUGGCUGUGCAGAAGACCUCGAUGUGGCAUGGGGUGCUCCUUACACUGAUGUGUUCCCCCGGAUCCAAUACAAAGACAACAACAAGCUACCAAAUGCGAUCAAAGCUACUGGCAAUGACAUCAAGGACGUCAAAGCUGUAAUCAUGGGUCAUCUUCACCUCGAUCAUGCCGGAGGCCUCGAGCAUUUCUUGGGUACCGACGUUCCCAUCAUUGUCCAUGAAGAAGAGUUUAAACACGCCUGCUGGGCCGUUGCGACUGGUGCAGAUCUAGGUGUUUACCUUGGCCAUUAUAUGUUACUAGAGAAGCUUAACUGGCAGACCUUUACUGAAUCGACUCUGGAUAUCUAUCAAGGCAUCAUAUUGCAUCAUUCCCCAGGCCACACACCUGGUCUUUGCCUUAUGCAAGUCAAUCUCGAAAAAGACGGAACUUUUAUAUGGACCACAGAUCAGUUCCACGUCGCAGAAAAUUACGAACAAGGGCACCCUCAAGGUGGACUAGCUCGUGAUCAUACCGCAUGGUAUCGCAGUCUGAACAUGGUUCGCCGAUUGCAAAGACUAUACAACGCACGGCUGAUAUUUGGACAUGACAAGGUUGUUGCAGACCAAUUAAUUACCGAGAAGGCCUACUUUGAAUAA